CUCUCUGUUUUCCCCUUUUUAAACCACUGUCCCCUGUAUUCCCCCACCUCUCUGUUAUUUUUUCUCUCUCUAAAUGCUUUUGUUCCAUUUGUCUCUCUCUCUACAACUCAUUGAGUUUUCUGAGUCAAGAUUUUUGAACUCCGGUGGAUCAAAAUAAUGGUUCGACAGAAGAACGAUUUGUGUAUUUCUGUACCGACUUUUUUCCGGUGUCCGAUUUCAUUGGACGUGAUGAAGUCUCCGGUGAGUCUCUCCACCGGCGUCACCUACGACCGGAGUAGUAUCCAGCGGUGGUUGGACGGCGGCAACAACACGUGUCCGGCGACUAUGCAAGUCCUUCAGUCAAAGGACUUCGUCCCAAAUCACAAUCUCCAUCGGCUUAUCCAGAUCUGGUCGGAAUCGGUCAAUACUCGGCCGCCGGGGACCAGCGAGUCCGCCACCGCCGCCGUCAACUCGGUGACGCCGGCCGAAGCGAAUAUCAUCAUCCGGCAGCUCAAAAGCCUCAUUCCGAUCCUCGUUAAGGGGGAUAAUCUUCCGACCCAUGUGAAUAUCUUCCACCAAUCUUUAGCAAAGGUGAUCCUUUUCGCGAAAAUUUCGGAUGAGACUUCCAAUUUGGUUUCUUCUUCCGGGUCGGAACUCAUCCCGGCGAUUAUUUCCAGUUUCUGCAAACUUCCGUUGCAAAUUCAGGCAAACGAGAAUGUUUUCCAUCUGAUUCGCAUCCUAUUGAAGAAUUACAGGCGGGGGCGAGACGAGAUCGUCGUCGACGAAAAACUGGUUCCGACCAUGCUUAAAUUUCUUCGGCAGGGGAGUCAGGAAGUAAGAAUCUCCGCGGCUAAAUUGCUUAAAUUCGUGGCGGAAUCUCGGGAUGAGUACAAAACCUUGAUUUGCGAAAACGAAGAUGUCCUAAAGGAAUUAUUAAGAUUAACGAUGAUUAAUUCCGGCCAGGGUGAUCAAGAGACCACGGAAGAUUGCUUAACUUGUUUGCUGACGAUUUCCACCCCUAAGAAAAACAGAGCAAGAGUUGUUCGUUCCGGGGCGGUAAUUGUACUAACUGAAGCACUACACAAAGGCGAAUUGAAUGUGAAAUUGGUGGAAAAAGUACUGAAAUUGCUGGAAUUGCUAUCCACAUGUAAAGAAGGUAGAACAGAGAUCUGCAGGAACGAGAAAUGCAUCGAAGGGACAGUGAAGAAAGUGCUUAAGGUUUCAACGUUGUCAACGGAGCAUUCAGUGACGAUUCUAUGGAGUUUGUGUUGUUUGUUUCGGGAUCCAAAAGCUCAAGAAGCUGUGACCAAGAGUAAUGGGAUGGCCAAAAUACUUUUGUUGAUCCAAAGCAAUGUGUCACCGGCAGUGAGACAAAUGUGCAAUGAUUUGCUUAAGGUUUUUAAGGUUCAAUCCAGGACUUCUUGCUUGUCCAGCUAUGAUACCAAGACUACUCAUAUUAUGCCAUUCUGAUCAUUUUGUUAUUGUUCCCAAUGUAGAUUGAAUUGAUUGAUAGUAGAAGUUCUUUUUUUGUAAAUUUUUUUAAAGCAAAUUUUGCUGACAAGAUUACAUAUAUACAACAUGGUGAAAAGAUAGAGGAACAUUAAAUUCUUUUCAAAUUUUAAUUGGCCUUGUUCUUUUCAGAUAGUUUUGAUUUGAUGCAUGUCAAACCUACAGAGAAGCAUGAUUUUUUGGGCCCAAAUUAUUGCAGAUGUUUGACAGUAGUUUUUUUUUUUUUUUCUGACUUUCUGGAGGAGAUUUCCAAAAUAAC